GUGGAAAAAACUUAUUUCAUUUUGAAUCGCGAUUAAGAUUGGACGUCUUAAGAUGUGGUCAGCAGAUUAGUGCUUAUUCGACACAGUAUUCAUAAAGUGUUAAAAUGAAUCCCAAGUGAAGUAAAUUUAACAAAAUCAAGUGACAAGAAAGAAUUAAAAAGAAAUAUCUAGAAAUAAAAACAGAAAGAAGAAAAAUUGUGAAAAUUUCUCUACGUAGAACCGCAGAUUAAAGCCUUGGUUGUUAUCAGUGGGUCACAAGCAACCACAUCAUUUUAUAAGAAUACAAAUUGUAAUCAAAGAUUCAUCUGAAAAUUUCAUCAAAAAAUUCCCCAAAUAAAUUAUACAAAAUGGUCAAGACGGGACGUUUGUUUCGUGCUCAUGGAGAAUUCUGCGCAUCACACCCUUGGGAGGUGAUUGUGGCUUUGAUCACAUUCACCGCAUGCAUGUUUAGCGUUGAUAAACGAAGCUCCAGUUCAAACAGUGAUCCGCUUUUGAGUGAACCAUCAGUGAAGCCGCUUUGUCAUGGAUGGAGAGAGUCAUGCGAUGGAUUUGAAACUCAAUACAUUGCUGCUGAUGUUAUUCUUAUGACAAUUGUUAGAUGCUCUGCAGUUCUCUACUGCUACUAUCAAUUUUGUAUUUUACACAAGUUAGGAUCCAAAUACAUUUUGGACGAAGUUUUCACGGUAAAACAGAAGAAUCAUUCACGUAAACAAAAGCGUAACACGUUUCAUCAAACUGUUCUGGAAAAGUUGUGA